AAAUCUAGAAAGAAAUUCCCUUUUAAAUUCCCUAGAGUUUAUUACCGGGCCUGGGGUAAUAACAAGUUAAAACCAGCCCAAACUGUAAAAAAAAACCGUAGAGAUGAUGGGAUCUUCCUUUAGGUUUAGGUUUAGGUAUAUCUGAUUUGUCAUUCUUCCUUUCUGCAUAUUGUCGAUGGAACUCCAUACCAGCGUGUUCGGUGUCAACCGACCUCCCUCGGAAAGCUUGGAAGAUAGAGGUAAACUGAUCAAAUUGGAAUCGGAAAGCUUGGAAGAUAGAGGUAAACUGAUCAAAUUGGAAUCGGAAUCGGAAUCCGAAUCAGAAUUGGUUUCGGAAACGGAAUCGGAUUCGGAUUCUGAAACGGAACCGGGAUCAAAGCCGAAACCGCGGGUGAUUUAUGAUUGGGAAUUGAAACGGCCUGAAGAUCUUGUUGCGAGUGACUUCUCGAUGUAUGAGGAUGACCCUAAACCUUUUACAAUGUGUUCUGGACGCUUUGAGUAUAAGAACAAGGCCUGGAUUGAAAGAGAGAAGAAAAUUGAAGUCGCCAUGGCUGACUAUAGAGAGCGCUCUCGCAACCUAAGUCUCUUCGAUGCCAUCGCCCCUCCAAAAAUUGCAGGUCUAUGUGGCGGUGUAAUUCCCCUUCCCAUAGACGAUGAGUGUCGACUUAAUGUCACUCCCCUAUGCAAUGCUGCCUUAGACAACUACAAUAAUGAGAAUCAGGGUUCAAAUUUUGUGCUGGCUGAUAUUUUAAGGACAACCUGGAGAGCUGGUGGUAUGUAUUACAUCACCUUUCAAGCCACACAUCUUUCCGAUAGCAAUGCCACAACUUUCCAGGCACAAGUACAAAGAAAACCGAAGGGAGAACACAAGGUCUAUUCGUGCGCCAUUAAAACCUAACACACCAUGGAAUUCAUGUCCACUGCACCCACCUGCUGCUGAUUUUAGUUGUUAGAAACAUGGGGGUGAAAGUAGGCUUGGACUUCUGGGUGUAGUUAAUUAAAUAUGACUGCUGUUUAUAUAUGAUAUAUUUGCUACAACAACAUUUUGCAAUUUUAACCUCACUUUCUUGUGUCAUUUGACACUAUAACUUCAGGGUGUAGUUAAUUAAAAAUGACUGAUUGUGCAUGCUAUAUUUGCUACAACAUUUUGUAAUUUUAACCUCACUUUUUGGGUCACUUCACGCAAUCUAAUGGCAUGAAUGUUAGUUAUUUAA